ACCAAAUUUGGGUUCCAUGAAGCCGUUAGGGAAGCACGUCUUCUGCUCUUUUUGCAAGCGAAAAACCCGCUUGAAAUGCAGAGAUGCCGCCCGAGCUAUCUGUAAUCGACAGGUUUCUCCAUCGGAGGAGAGAGAAAGAGGGCGCCCCUUCUCUCUCUAUCGUUUCGAUCCUGACAAGGAGGGAUGAGAGAGAGAGAGAGAGAAUGCGCAGGGGCAACUUGUUUUGAUCUGAAGGAGUGGAAGAACGAAACAGAAAUAAUCAAGGUGAGAUAGAGGGAUUGAUAGAGGCAUUCUUCUCGUCUUCUCGCUCCCUCCUCAACUCUUCCCGUCUCUCUCGUUGCGAAUUAACACUAAAAGGAAAGUCCUUUAUUUGAAUUUGGAAAGUUUUCGUCAAGAUCUCAAUUGGAUCUUACUUCAUCAUCUCCAAUUUGAUCGAUUUCCUCACGCAAGGCAUGGCGACUUCUAAACCCAAGAGGCUCUAUCAAGCUUGGAAAGGAAGCAAUAGAUUUUUCUGUGGUGGGAGAUUGAUAUUUGGUCCAGAUGUAGCUUCAGUGUUCCUAUCAACACUGCUAAUAGCUGGUCCAUCUUUUGCGUUCUGUUUUCAAGUAAUUGAGAAGAUCCGUAAACAUGAAAUGCAUGAGAGCAAACAUGUGGGUUUUUCUCGCCAUCAUACACUUGGUUUUCCGGUGUUGAUUGUGGGAUUAUUUAUCUCCAUAGCAGAUUUGGUUUUCCUGUUCCUGACAUCUGGGACAGAUCCUGGUAUUGUGCCGAGAAAUAAGCUACCACCAGAACCAGAUGAAGCAUUUGAUGCCACCUCUUCUUCCAUGGAGUGGAUCAGUGGUGCAUUGCCAAAUCUGAAAUUACCCCGCACAAAGGAUGUAUUGGUGAAUGGUUUAAUGGUUAAAGUGAAAUACUGCGAUACAUGUUUGCUCUACCGCCCACCUCGAGCUUCCCACUGUUCUAUAUGCAACAACUGUGUUCAGAAGUUUGAUCACCACUGCCCAUGGGUUGGUCAGUGCAUCGGUGUGCGUAACUACCCUUUUUUCUUUCUGUUCAUCUCACUAUCAACCAUUCUUUGUGUGUACGUCUUCACCUUUUCGUGGAUUAAUGUUAUUUAUGAGAAGAAAUAUUAUGGCAAUUCUCUUUGGGAAUCCAUGAAGGGGGAGGUUUUGUCACUUGUGCUCAUAGUGUACACCUUUAUUUCUGUCUGGUUUGUUGGAGGACUCACAGUUUUCCAUAUCUAUUUAAUCAGCACAAACCAGACAACUUAUGAAAACUUCCGCUAUCAGUACGACAAGAAGGAGAAUCCAUAUAAUAAGGGCAUACUGAAAAACUUUGGAGCUGUCUAUUGCUCGAAAAUCCCACCUUCAUUGAAUAACUUCAGAUCAUGGGUGAUUGAAGAAGAAGUUCAGGUGAAAUCCAUGACUUCUAAGCAAAGCAUAGAAACCAUUCUUCAGAAGGAGAUUGUGGAUUUAGAAAUGGGUAGAAAACCUGACUCAGAUGGCAAUGUUUCCAUCCCUAACCUUUUAAGAAAUUUGGAUUACAGUGAAAUUAAUGAUAAUUUGAAGGUGAAUGAUGGGAAUGAAGUCGAAGCAGUCGUCCCUUUUACUUUUCCAAUCAUAGAACUACCUGUUAUUCACAUGCCAAUAGACUCCAACCAGUGCUGCUUGGUUUCAGAUGGAAGAGUUGUAGAUGAG